CUUGCUCUUUAAGUUGUCUUUGUUGUGGACCGGCAUUUUCCCACAACACCCUGCUCCUGCUCUCACAGAUGACGAAAAUGGCGGACAACGCAUCAUCGGUCGAGAUCGUUGAGGGCUGCCGCCUCCCUGUUCUUCGUAAAAACCAGGAACACGAAGACGAAUGGCCAUUGGCUGAAAUUCUAAGCGUGAAGGAAGUCUCCUCGAGAAAGCUUUACUAUGUUCACUACAUCGACUUCAACAAGCGCCUGGAUGAGUGGGUCACAGGAGACCGGCUGGACAUGAAGAAGCUUCAGUUCCCGAAGAAAGAAGCUAAAACUCCAACCAAGAAUGGUCUCCCAGGAUCCCGCCCCAGUUCCCCAGAGAGAGACGUGAGGAAGAGUUUAGAUCUCAACGCGCAGUCGGCCUCCGCUCCAUCCAGAGGAAAGACCCUCCCCACGCCGCUCUCGGCUCACACUGAGCUGCACACGACUCCAGAAAUAAACAACCAUGAAAUAAAGAAAGAAGAGCCGGAUCCGGUGGUGCAGAUCACGCCUAGAAGUGAUUUAACAAACAACGUGUCCAAAUGUUUGUCUGGUGUUUGCACCGGACUCGUAAAGCCACAUUUCAACAACAACUUCAACAAAACGUUCAAGCAAAUGCCUGAGACUGGUUUGUUUUGCCAGAAGAGAAAAGUAGAGGCCGUCCCCGUCCCGACUCAGGUCCCCCCGGCCGCCCCGGUGCCGUCGCUGCCGAGUUCAGCGGAAGUCACUCAGGCGGCUGUGUUUCCCGCCGUGAGGGACACCAGCACCUUCAAGUCCCGUGAGGACCACGAACCCAUCGCCUCGCUCACAACGAACGGGACCGCCAGACGACUCAUCCCCCCGCAGCCCGGGAGGAAGAGAAAAGCCAACUGUGGGGGAGCGGACGAGAUGAUAAAGGUUUUGCAGUAUAACAACAACCCUCAAAGUGCCAGUGUCUUUCUACCACCACCAGAGGAUUCGCAAGACAGUUCCGACGGCAUCCCGACCGCGCCCCGCAUGACGGGCAGUCUGGUGUCCGACCGCAGCCACGACGACAUCGUGACCCGGAUGAAGAACAUCGAGUGUAUAGAGUUGGGACGCCACAGGCUGAAGCCCUGGUACUUCUCGCCGUACCCGCAGGAGCUCACCACGCUGCCCAUCCUCUACCUCUGCGAAUUCUGUCUCAAGUACCUCAAAAGCCUCAAGUGUCUCCAGAGGCAUUUGACAAAAUGCCACCUCAGACAUCCGCCAGGCAACGAGAUCUACCGCAAAGGCACCAUCUCUUUUUUUGAGAUAGACGGCAGGAAAAACAAAAAUUAUUCCCAGAACCUGUGUUUACUCGCUAAGUGUUUCCUGGACCACAAAACCUUGUAUUACGACACAGACCCUUUCCUCUUCUACGUAAUGACGGAGUAUGACUCCAAAGGCUUUCACAUAGUGGGAUACUUCUCUAAGGAAAAAGAGUCGACUGAAGAUUAUAACGUCGCCUGCAUCCUGACGUUGCCUCCCUACCAGCGGAGGGGCUAUGGCAAACUGCUCAUCGAGUUCAGUUACGAGCUGUCGAAGGUAGAAGGGAAGACGGGCACUCCUGAGAAGCCGCUCUCUGACCUCGGCCUUUUGUCCUACCGCUCCUACUGGUCCCAGACCAUCCUGGAAAUUCUCAUGGAACUUAAACCGGACAACGGGGAGAGGCCGCAGAUCACCAUCAAUGAGAUCAGUGAGAUCACAAGUGUAAAGAAGGAAGACGUCAUUUCAACGCUGCAGUACCUCAACCUCAUCAACUAUUACAAGGGUCAGUACAUCCUGACUCUCUCAGAGGACAUUGUGGAUGGGCAUGAAAGAGCGAUGCAGAAGAGACACUUGCGCAUAGAUUCAAAAUGUCUUCACUUCACACCUAAGGACUGGAGCAAGAGGGGGAAGUGGUAGAAGCCCCCCCCCUCCCCGCCCUGGUUCACUGACCACCCUUCCAAAACCACCAGUAUCAGACUUGAAGCAAAUUGUGGUUCAGAGAAUGUUUUUUGUCAAAGCGUCUCGCUGAAACCUUUGACUUCUCAACCCUUUUUAAACCCAAGGACUCCUCUUUGGAUCAACACAUUGUCAACUGAGAUGUUUUUAUUGUGAAUAUUCUUUAUAUAUUGUGAAUUUGAAAAGCUGUCAAACUUGGGGACAAUUCUGAAGCUAGUUAGCAGCGGCACCGCCAACAUUUUACACCACAGCUCCUGCCGCGUAAAAGAUCCUGCUCCUGACCAACAGUGCGUUAAAAGUGAAGUAUGGUGUUUGUAUAAAAGUGUAAAUUAAAGCCUGAAAUGGCGUACGGACCACCUAAUGGAUGUAAGAUGGUUUUGUUAUAGGAAAUAAUCUGAAUUCUACAGGGAAGUGUUGUGAGAAAAACCACUAGGGGAAAAUAAUUUCUUUAGAUUGAGUUUUGUCUUACGUCCUUUGUAUCUGCACCACAAAAAAAGUGGCGUUAAAAUGUCGUCGUAUAUCCUCAGUCUAAUUCCCUGUGUGACUCCAUCCAAUAACCACUUUAAUUUGACGUACAACUUAAAAUAUAGUUAGUUACAAAAAAUCGUGUAGCACUCCUUAACAACAUGACAUAUCUGUAUGUCUGAACAGCACUCCAAAAUAUCUCCAGCACUCUUUUUUUAAUAUAGAUUUGUGUGAAGGCUCCUACAAGUCUCUCAUGAGCUUCUUCUCUGAAUUGCACAGAAAACAAUACCGCCCGGUUAACGCGGCGACUCAGUAUGUGUAUUGUGUUAAAGGGAGAAGAUCUCUUUCAGGAGUACGACAUUAAAACUGUAAAUCCUCAUCUCAACGUACAGAUAAUUCUCCUCCAGUGCCUGAAUGUUGUUCUCUCUGGCAAACAGCGAUAUGUUCUAGUGAUAGACGGCUCGAAAGCAGAAAAACAGAAGCAGCUCUUCUUUAAUUUCCCUGUGUUUUAAAUAGUUGGAAGUAUUUAUUCUCUUUUGUUCGUGAUCAUUCAGGCGAUUCUUCAUUUCAUUUUCAGAUACUUCCCUCGUUAUAAUUUGUACAGUGUGCACUGACACAAAUCAAUUCCCCAAGUUACACAUUGUUUCCUGUAACUGUACAUACUGAAUCUAAUUGUACAAAAAAAAAGCUUAGACAGAAGCCAUGUUGAACUGUUAGGAAUGUAAAUUUGGUGUACAGUUGUCUUUAAGUGUCUUUUUUUACUUCAUGUAAAAUAACUGGCUGCACAAUAUCGACAGGAGAAGAUGAUGUUAAUAAUAAGUGGUAUCUUACUUUCGGUUUGUCUUGUUUACAUGUCACAAAGGAUGUUGAGUUUACCCUGUUGAAAUGAUUUAGUAUAUCUUUAAGUCAAACAAGGUCGAGGGUAUGAUUUGAACGUUUGAUAUGAAAAAGCUUGUUGAAUUGAUAAAAAAACAAAAACCUUAAAACGCUGAAA